GCCGCGACGCGCGCUCCGCUCCCAGCCCGCGCACCGAAACAUCACAUGCGACUGAAAAAAAAACUAAAUUUCAAAUUCCGAACGCUGCACAUUCUAAAUUCAAAUUAUCGAACACGUGUUUAUUUAAAGUUGGCGCGAACGCGUUUUUCACUGGCAGUGAAUAAAUUAACGCGCGUGCUUACCAAUUUCACUUUUACCCGUGCUCAUCUUGUCUGCCGGCCGUCUGCGCGGGACCAUGGAUAUCUAACAAAUCGAAUAUAAUGAACAUUCAACAAAGCCGACGACCGAGCAUCUACACAUUAACGCUGUCUAAUUACAGGCACAAAAUAUCAUAACAGUGUUCUAAGUUGUCCUACUCGAAUUACGUUACGUUAUAUCAUUAGUGCAAUGAUAAAAUGCAUCGGUAGUAGUAUUGUCAUGCCAACGACAUAGACGAUAACAGUCAUUCACGGCGCGAAAAUGGUGCUUAGAAAAAUGGAUGUGCGGUGUCUAUUAAUACUGUUGUUGUUCCAAACUUUGGUGGCGUUGUGCAGCGCAAAAUUCAUAAUGCCUAAAGUGGAGUUUCCCACGGGCGAUGUUCAAGAAGAGAUCCAGGAUAGCAUAAGAAACUUCAUACAUACAGGUCUCUACUCCCACGUGCACCUGGAUCCGUCGCAGGUGCAAGUGUCAACACCGGUGAAGGUGACGCGCGACGGGCAGCUGGUGUCGCGCACGGUCGCGCACGCGCACGACCACGCGGGCGCGCGCGCGCGGCGCGACCUGCGCGGCGCGGAGCACGCGCUGCCGCACGCCGUGCACUAUAACCUCACUGUUGACGGCAGGGAGCUGAGGCUGGACUUACGGCCGUCGGUGAGCUUCAUUGCGCCAGCGCUGGUUGUGGAGCGGCAUGGCGACGGCGAGAGGACGCGGCACAGGCCGCACGGGGGCGCCACUGGGUGCCACUAUACGGGGUCCAUUAGGGGCCAACCUGAGUCAAGGGUGGCACUUUCCGCCUGUGAUGGAUUGGCGGGCCUGUUAAGGACAGAACAUGGAGAAUAUUGGAUCGAGCCGUCCAAUCAAGUGUCAAGCGACGCUUCAGCUGGGAGACCACACGUGAUAUUCAAACGAUCAGCAGUUGACAAAGUAGAAGCGUACCACAGAAAAAAGAGAGCAGCAAACUACAGAACUGACAAUGAACAAUAUAAACGAUACUACGAAAAGGAAUACCAAAAGUUUCAUCCUAGGAGGAACACAAACACUAACGUUAGAAGAAAUCACGAUAGUAAAGAAGCAGAGAAUAGACGCUUACGAGAAUACGAGAGACUGAAACGAUUAGAGAACGCAAGAAAAAAUCCUAUAGCAUUUAGAGCUGAGAUGCAAAGAAGAAGAGAGAAUAGAAUCAACCAAUCGCUAUCAAAGAGUAGUUCAAAUUCAAUAGAAACUAGCAAUAGCAAUAGCAGAUCAAUGGAGAUGACUUACGCGAGAACAGGCCGGAAGAGGAUGAACAGAAGACGAGGGGAUGGGCAGAAGAAGCACAGGAGACGCAGGAGGAAAGCGAAGAACUGUGCCACCAAGCAACCACCGUACACGUGGAAUAUCACAAGCGCUCGAGAAUAUGAUAGAACUAGGAACAAUUAUAUUCCUAACCAACGAGCGUCCGGUAACUCGCCGCGACGACCUCGGUCGGUGAGCAAGCCUCAGCAUGUGGAAGUAUUGCUGGUCGCCGACAAGUCUAUGACAGAGUUCCAUCAGAAUAACGAAUCGUUGGAGACCUACUUGCUUACCAUCAUGAACAUGGUUUCGGAUCUUUACAAGGACCGCUCGAUCGGCAACCUGAUCCAAGUGGUGGUGGUAAAGAUCGUCACCCUGCAGAGCUCCCGAGACCUGCACGUCUCAACCAACGCUGACACGACACUGUCUCUCUUCUGCCAUUGGCAGCAGCAGCUGAACCCUGUCAACGACUCGCACCCUCAGCACCAUGACGUUGCUAUCUUGGUCACCAGGCAGGAUAUCUGCAGUCUUCAUAAUCAGCCUUGCAACACCCUGGGAGUGGCGCACGUGGCAGGCAUGUGCAUCCCGGACCGGAGCUGCUCCGUCAACGAAGACAACGGCAUCAUGCUGGCACACACCAUCACACACGAGCUUGGACACAACUUCGGCCUCUACCACGAUACGGAGAAGAUCGGCUGCAGCAGACGAGAAGGGUCUACAUUACACAUCAUGACGCCAGUGUUUGAAGCGGACAGCGUCCAAGUGGCCUGGUCGAGGUGCAGCAAACGAGAUGUCACCAAUUUCUUAGACAAUGGAUUCGGAGAGUGUUUGGGCGACGAACCUUCUACGGAAAUUGACAAGUAUAAGUAUCCGGAACUACCUGCAGGAGUUAUGUAUGACGCGGCGAAGCAAUGCGUACUCCAGUUCGGAACAGACGCAACUGUCUGCACCGGUACGGAUCCUGAGGAACUGUGCCAGCAUCUCUGGUGUCUCGUCAACGGGACCUGCAAGUCUAUGCUGCGCCCUGCCGCCUCCGGCACUACUUGCGGAGUCGAUAUGUGGUGUCAAAACCAGAAGUGCGUGCCCCGAGAGCGGCCACCGGAGGCGCGGGACGGGGGCUGGGGCGACUGGUCGGAAUGGAGCGAGUGCUCGCGCACGUGCGGCGGCGGCGUCGAGAUCAAGACCAGGGAGUGCGACAACCCUAUGCCGUCCAACAACGGGAAGUACUGCGUCGGAGAUAGAAGCCGAUACCGAACAUGCAACAGAGAGAAGUGCCCCAUAAACGAGCCGUUGUUCAGGGACGUGCAGUGCGCCAAGUACAACAACAAGACUGAUAAGAACAACGACACCGUCAUCGCUGACUGGGUGUCGUUUUAUGACCAAGAUAAGCCGUGUGAGCUGCAGUGCGUGCCUCGAAACAGCAACGACUACGAAAUCUUGCCCGGAUACGUGGCCGACGGAACGCCGUGCUGGCAGACCAUUGCCGGCAGAAACUCGCGCGAUAUGUGCAUAUCUGGUGUGUGCUACAAGGUGGGAUGCGACUGGGUCGUGGGCUCUGACCUGGAAGAGGACGCUUGCGGUAUAUGCGGAGGGGACGGCUCGGCGUGCAAGACUGUGCAGGGCAUCUACAGCAAGGGCACCACUAAGCAGUCCGGCUUUACUGAGGUUGCCGUGAUACCGGCCGGCUCAAGAAACGUGAAGAUCCAAGAGAAAGUGAGCCCGGGAAAUUACAUUUCUAUUGGGAGUGCACGAACGAGAAAACUUCUUCUAAACGGAGGCGGAGCUCGUAACUCUACUCUGACCGAGUACUUUGUGGCUGGCUCCCAGGCGAUCUACGAAAGAGAUCGCGAUUGGGAGAAAGUUCAGAUUGUGGGACCGAUUCUGGAGGAUAUCAAAGUUUAUCAACGAAUUUACCGCGGCAACCAUCGCAACCCCGGCGUGAACUACCAGUAUACCGUCAGCAAGAGAUACCGGUACCGGCUCAGCGAUUGGUCGCCGUGUAGCGCGACGUGCGGCCGCGGCCGCAUGUACCGCCAGCAUGAGUGCGUCACUGACAGUGGUCGCAAGGUGGACCCAUCACAUUGUGACCAACAAGAACAGUUCAGCAGGGAAGCGCUCGUGCAGAUAUGCAUGCGACCGCCGUGUACUGCGCGCACGCACUGGCGUGUUGAUUCCUGGCAGCGGUGCAAUACCUCCUGUCGAAUACCGGGGAAGGAGCCAACGAAACACAGACGAGUAUACUGCGUGGAUAAUCUGACUGGUCAUCGGCGAAAUGACGCCGACUGUGACCUCGCGAUGAAACCAAUAUCAACUAUCAUCUGUGCUGAUAUACCACCGUGCUAAAGGAAUCAAGAAAUGUAUAUUUGCAAUGAGAGCCAAUACAACGUACCUUGUGGA